AUGUCUAAAAUACAAUGUCUGAGAAGGUUUGUCGACGAGCGACUUACUGCUGCUGUUGAAGAGAUUUUUGGAGUUUUGGAAAAAACUCUAGUGGAGUAUGAGGAGGAGAUCCACCGACAAAGCAGACUGCUGGAUGAUGUUUGGAAACCAGAGUUACUCGAGAUAGAAUUACCACAGCGACAUGUCUGUAAGGAGGAGGAGGUUCUCGCUGACCAGCAGCUCUGUAUUCAGGAGAGGAACUCCAGUCUGGACCAAGAGGACCCAGAGCCUCCACAGGUUAAAGAGGAACAGGAGGAACCCUGCACCAGUCAGGAGGGAGAGCAGCUUGAACUGAAGCAGGAGACUGAGACCUUUAUGUUGACUCCUAGUUAUGAGGAAAGUGACCACAGUGAAGAUCAGACUCUGUCCUUUAAUCCUGAUGACUUUUUAAAUGCAGCAGAAAAAGAGUCACCAGUCAACAUAAUUAAACAGUCCGUGGUAUCUGAACCAACCUGCUACAGUCAGAUCCUCUAUCAAAACUAUCAUGUAGCUCACCAGAAAGGAGGCAAGCAUGGAGACAAAAGCAGAAAUAACUGCAAUACGCAAACUGGUAAAAACUCUUUAGAAUGUGACACUUGUGGGAAAGCUUUUAAAUGCAUGUCAAAAUUGCAGAGACACCUGGGCGUCCAUACAGGUGAAAAGCCGUAUUGUUGCAGCAUCUGUGGAAAAAGAUUCAGGCAGGCAUCAGUGUUGCACACUCACAUAAGAGUCCAUACAGGUGAGAAGCCAUAUACUUGCAAAACAUGUGGGAAAGGAUUCAGGUGGACUAAUUGCUUAACGCUCCACAUGAGAACUCACUCAGGUGAGAAACCAUACACUUGCAAAACCUGUGGGAGAGAUUUUCGAUCUAGUAGUAACUUGAAAGACCACCUGAAAACUCACAAAGGAGAACAUUUGUUUCAAUGCAGCACAGAGGUUUCAAGUGUAGUCAAACCCAUAUAGGAGAGAAAGGGUUAACGUGUAAAAUAUAUGAAACGGGUUGUUUCAGUUCAGUCAAAAGCUGAUAGCUGAAGCAUGCAGUUAACUAUUCCGUUUUCCAAUAGGUGUGUCUUUAUGUCAUCACUGAAGUAUGUUUGAGCAACAGCCUUUGUCAGAACAAUCACAGUCUUCUAUAUCAUCAGAA